GAAGUGGCGAGAGGAGCAGGCGGUGGCGGAGGUAUUCUCAGGGAUGAGUCAGCUGGGUGCCAUAGCAGCUCUAGCUGCCAGCCUGGUGGCAGCUGCUCUUUUUUCUGCCAUACACAAGAUUGAAGAGGGGCACAUUGGUGUUUACUACCGGGGAGGAGCUCUGUUGACCUCUACCAGUGGGCCUGGCUUCCAUCUCAUGCUCCCCUUCAUCACCUCUUAUAAAUCAGUGCAGACGACGUUGCAAACAGAUGAAGUAAAGAAUGUUCCGUGUGGUACAAGUGGGGGAGUAAUGAUCUAUUUUGACAGAAUUGAAGUGGUAAAUUUCCUGAUCCAAAAUGCUGUGUAUGAUAUAGUGAAGAACUUCACUGCAGACUAUGACAAAGCCCUCAUCUUCAACAAGAUUCACCAUGAACUCAAUCAGUUCUGCAGCGUUCACACUCUCCAGGAAGUCUAUAUUGAGUUGUUUGACCAGAUUGAUGAAAAUUUGAAGCUGGCCCUUCAGCAAGAUUUGACAACCAUGGCACCUGGACUCAUCAUACAGGCAGUGCGAGUUACAAAGCCAAAUAUCCCUGAAUCAAUUCGGAAAAAUUAUGAACUUAUGGAGAGUGAGAAGACGAAGCUUUUGAUAACAGCUCAGAAGCAGAAGGUGGUGGAGAAGGAGGCAGAGACGGAGCGGAAGAAGGCUGUCAUUGAGGCUGAAAAAAUAGCGCAGGUGGCUGAGAUCACAUACGGGCAAAAGGUGAUGGAAAAGGAAACUGAGAAGCGCAUCUCCGAGAUUGAAGAUGCUGCUUUUCUUGCCAGAGAGAGGGCAAAAGCAGAUGCUGAAUGUUACACUGCCAUGAAGGUAGCAGAGGCCAACAAGCUGAAACUUACCCCGGAAUAUUUGCAGCUAAUGAAAUACAAAGCAGUCGCUUCCAACAGCAAGAUCUAUUUUGGCAAAGACAUUCCCAAUAUGUUUAUGGACCACUCUGGGACCACUGCCAGGCCUUCUGAAGGGCAGGCCGAGGAACUCAAGGAUGAAAACUGGCUAGGAGUGGGAGAGGAUUUGUGAGUUGAAAGCUGGGCAAAGGGAGCAGCUCGGCCUCAGUCCAGUUGAGUGUCAUGGACUCCUUGCGUCUCUCCUGGGUGUGAUUUCUCAAUCUUUCAAGAUGCUGGAGAACCAGCAGGCAAACCUUUGUGCUCUGAGGCUGGCUGCAAGUGCACAAAGUAUUUGGCUUCCUCUGGGUUUUCUGGAACUCUUCUUUUCAGCAGUUGGAUUCGCUGUUGCAUUUCUCCUUGUGCAGGCUGAGAAGGCCACCACGGAUUCCACUCGAGGGGCUGCGGUGUUCCUCUUCUCUGGUUGCCUCAGCAUCCUGCUUCAAUCAAACAAGCAUCUUCAGUUUCUUUGGGGAGGUAGUUUGGUGGGGUCAAAAGCUGUGGUGUCACUUUGCAUGCAACAGAUGUAAUCCAACAAGCAGGUAAUCAUGUUUCCAGUAAGUUUAGGCAUUUUUUCCCUCUCUCUCUACUUCACUGGACUAGAGGGCUUUAUUGUUUAUUUUGUAUAGUUCAUGCACCAGACUGUCAGCUUAACUGCCACGUGCUUUUCCUGAAUGACCUGAACUAUUUAAGAGUUGGAUUUCACCUGUCGCGUAUGUUACAGACAUACAGACCGCUCUUCAGAAAGGUGCUAUGUUUCAGAUUUAAAACACAGCUACACUACAAAGUCCAGACUUGGCACGGAGAUUCAUAGCAUUAAACAGCUCCACACUAAUAGCUUGUCCAAAUGGUGCUUAUUUCCAGAUGCAUCCAUCUAAUGUGUCUGAAGUCCACAGGCCUUCCGUCCGCUUCCACUUUCCUCCUCCCCGUGCACACAAGUGAUGGAGGACAAUUGGAAAACCAGCAUUCAGGCAGGGCACAGACCUUCGCCUCCAACAUCACGAUUUUUUGUCUCCAAGGGGGAAAAGCUGCCAUCUUUUCCAGGGACACAGCAAAUGCAUUAGAGCACAGAAAUCUGUACAACUAGACAGCUGGAUGUGCCGUUUGUGAGCCGCCAAGAAUUUUAUGUAACUCAAUGGAGGUGAGCCUGCAGAUGUUUUGGGUUGCAGCUCUUUCUAAAUCAGGCCUGCCCAACUUUUAACCUCCCAAACUGAAUGCAUUCCACCAGCUAUAUAUAGUGGUGUGGCUGAAACUUGACACUCUAAGCUUCUUUUGCAAAUCCAAGCAGAUAACAAAAACUUGGAAACCCAAUUAGGACCUUAGAGGACAGCCAUACAUGGCUGGCAGGUCAUAAGUUGCCCGGGCAUGGUCUAGGUUGUAAACCAGCAAUCAGAUUCUGCGUUUCUUCUAGACUAACUUGUUGCAGUGUACGUCUAGAGGAAGGCAUUCCUUAGAAUUUAAGGUCUUGGAUUUUGUGCAUUUUUACCAACCAGUGGUGGAUGGUGGUACUCUGCACCCAUUCUGACAUGAUUUGGGCUCCUGUAAGGUGGCUUUUUGAAGUGGUCUCACGAGCAGUGUGUGUGAAAAGAAACAUUUUUGACUGAUCAACUCUGCUUUUCUUUGAGCAGGAUUCAAAUCAUGAUGUCACUUCCAGGUCCGUUCUAUCAGUAGCAAAAACCACCUCGUUAGAUUGGAUGCCUUUGUUCGACUGGAAGUGGUAAGCUGAUUAUUCUGGAGGGACUGCCAUUGGUAAAGAGACUGCUCUGAGAUAAGCUCUUCCUAAGUAUCAGACUUGGAGAUUUAGAAAGCUUCUCAAUUUCUCCAGCUACUAUAUGUCAGUCUGAUUUGAGCAAGUUCAGUGUGAGACUGUUGAUACAGCUCUUCCAUGUUAAAUGCAUGUAUUUGGUACACUUCAGCUGCAGUCCUCAGACCAGUAGGACACAGAUACAUUCAGUUAAAGAUCCCUUGCACAGAACUGUUGCAUAGCCUUAAUCAUCCUUACUAAAGACUUACCAAAUCAGCUUAGCAGCAAAGCCCUCCAUUCUUGUAGAGUGUGCAUCUAGCUGACAAAUAUUGGAAUGGGUGUGUGUGUGUGUGUGUGUUACACUGAUCCCUCUCGGCAUCCUGAAUACAUGCCUUUAAACUGUGGACAGGGUGAUUGUCUUAAAACUUGUGGCAUUGUUGCUAGUGCGCCAUAAUUUCUCACUGCUCAAACAGUACUGAAGUGCCAAAAAGCUUUAAGCUGUGAUCCUUGAAAUGGCUUAUUACUGCAAGCAGAUGCCACUUCAAACUGUGGCCUAACUCAUCUGCCCCCAGGAAAGGGUGAUGGUAGACUGAUGUCACUGGUUUGGUUCUGUGCUUUCUCUCUUGUUGUGCAGAUUGAUGGGACUUCAGAAUUAUCUUGGCCCCCUACAUUAUAGUUAUGUUAAAUCACACUGCAUAGCUGCUUUAAAAUCAUGCAGAACAAAAGACAGUUUUCGAAAGCCUCCCCCCCCCCCCUACCCUUUUAGACCAUGCUCUUUCAAACACUUUACAUCUUUGCUCAACUGAAAAGUCAUGCUGGUUUCUAGAACCAGUGGCUUGAAGAUGUGAAUGCCUUUGCAGUGUGGUUGCCACAUGUGCUAAGGAAUGCUUCUCACAGGUAGCUGCUCUUCGGUAUAUGCAAAAAGGUGGUUCAGUCAACCUGGUAAAAGGUUACAGUACCAUGCACUCACAGUACUUUGAGGAGUGAUGGCACCAGCUGGGCUAAUUCUGAUGAUGUUUUCCAACUUGCCAUUUGUAAAGAGGCAAGCAAGGCAGAAUCUUUGUAACAUGGAACCUGCAAAUGAUCUGAAAAUGUCACCGAAGUUUUGCCAGAUGUGGAAGUGAAUUUAUAACAAAGCUGCAUCUCUUUAAUUUUUUUUGUUUUCACAAUUCAAGUAGGUUACCCAAAAUUCUGUCAAGCAAAUGAGAUCUCGUAUUGAUGAUGUUCCCUUGUUGUAUGUUUGAUUAAUAUAGACGUCUUUAUGUGCACCAUGAACACGAGUGUGAAGUCCAGUAACCCCUAGCUUUGCAGUCAAGGUGAACAGAUCUUUGUCUUUUAGUAUUAGAACUUGGUAGCAAACCAGUGUCAGGAGUAUAUACUGUUUGAGUGUUCAGGGGAGUAUUCACACAACUGAAUGCUCAUUUUUUAAAAUAAAAAUCCUCGCUCCUAGAAAAUUACCUUGUCAGUGAAAACACUAGUAUAGGAUCCUUCCCUGACAUGCUAGCUUUCUUCAGUGCAGGGACUAAGUAUGGAGAAAAUAUUCAGGCAAGUAAAGUCCUCUUCUGCACCCUAAAAGGGUGUAACCUGGACACUGGUUUGCCACCUAAAUAAAAGUAGUCCAUAAGAUCCAGUUGAGUAUGAAGUUCAGUUGAAGUUCAUACACAACAGAGCAGAUGGGAAAGGAAAUUUUACAUGUGCAGAACAGCCAUUUCUCAAAUAAAUCGCAGAUUCUUUUCUUUGCUACAAUGAAGUGUGAAUUACUCCAUAACAGAAUUUAAGGCCAUCACCGCUUGCAAAACCAGAAGGCACACUCCUUUAGCAAAAGAGAGAAAGUGCCAUUUUUAACUGAGUUGGAUCCAAUUACUGCUCUUUGGGACCUAACGUUAGCGUUCACAGAUCUGCAUGUAUAUCUUCAGUGAACAUUUCCUUCUUAACUCUUAUCUGAUAACAGAGUAUGGACUGACGUCUUCUGUGAAGCAGUCUCAAAGGCCUAGGGAAGUGGAUUAGAAAAUGUGACUGUAAUCUAUAUUUUUAAGCAUUGCCUUUGAAUGGGCAGAGGAUGCACUUGCAUGCUGACUUAAAGAAUGUGUAAGUGGGAAUGGGAGCUGGUUUGAUAUUCCAAACCCCUUUCGUCUCUAUUUUGGUUUGCUCCCCUCCCCAGUUUUCAUCAGUUAGGCAAGACUGUCUUUUUUGUCAUUGUCCUACCUACAUAGCCACACAUUUGAUCAUCUGGGAAAAAGUCAUCAAAGUGCUAAGUAAACCUUCAGGAUUUUAUCAACACUAAGCUUGGAUUCUUCUUGUGGUCUUCUCUGUUUGCCAUGUGGUUAUUCCCUCCCCCGGGACUGUACAUUUAUCUAAACACAGCAGCAGCUGUCUGCACUACAUGGUAUAAAAUGAUUCUAACAUAGAAUGAAAAGUUUGGAAUAAUUUAGAGGAUAAAAUUGGUCUGUAGCUGUUUUUCACGUCUGUCUGAACUUUCAAUUGUGUAUUAAUGACCAAUACUGCAGUAAAAGAAAGAAGCCACUUUUCCCUUCUGGCCUUUCACACCAACGCUGCUGGCAAAUAAAAUUAUGCAUGAAUAAAAAUGUGAAAAUCAGGUAGAGAAACAUUUAAACUGAGGGAGGGGAGAUGACGUUUUUCUUUCUGCUCUGAGUAAAACCUUGGUAACAUUAUAGUGAGUCUUUCUUAUAUAAAGCUUUUCUUACUAGCAAAAACUAAAUUCCAGCAAGCCAAAGUGUAUUAUAUGAAUUUUAUGAGACUCUUGUAAAAAAUAAUGCUUAGAAUAAAUGUUUAGGGGUUUUUUAUUAGAACUUCAUUAUACAGAACUUAAACCACUGUUCAAUGAGAAGCAGAAAUAAUAAUGUGAAAAAUACAGACUAGAGUUCUCCAGAAAACUAAAUUCUGUUCAACCUUAGGUACUGAGAAUGCAGAUUUUAUAAAGCUGGACAUUUUAGCAUAAUCACUGCUUUAUUAAAAAGAGGAUUCUUUCUCUCCCACUGUUGGUGUUGUGCGCAAUUGUUUUUAUAAUUCUUUUGUGUAUUUCCAUUAAUUGAACAAAACACUGUUUCCCCCCCCUUUUCCUGUAUGCAAGUUUUCCUGCGAAAAACUGAUUGUGUAAAACACACUUCUUUAAUGAGGGGAGAGUCAGCAAAUGUUAUUUUGAGUCUGUCCUGCAAAGAUGCUGCUAUGUAUUGAUCUCUUGGAUGGUUAGUUUUGUGAAAAUUUAGCAUCUGAUUAAACCACCUUAUCAGUUUUGAUUAUUUAUUAUAAUGGCAGAAUAAAAUGUUCUACACUUU